ACUUGUAGGAAAAUGUCUAGAGUUCUCCUUGUCUGUCUCCUACUGUGGAGUGUCAUUAUUUUAGAGGCCGCUCCUUUGCAAAACAAGGAUUAGAUAUUAUGAUUAGUGGAAAAAAUUACUACAUUUCUUCAUCUAAAUGCAAUUGGUUCGAAGCUUCCAAUCGAUGUCGUCAAAUGGGAGGUUUUUUACUCAAUCUGGAGAGUAAGGAAGAACUGAAGUUUUUGACCCCUUAUCUCCACCCAGCUCUUAGCUACUGGAUAUCCACUAAUGACCUUGGAGUUCGGCAUUUCUACGUAUCCGAGGCCACUGGAAUCGAGGCACCUUUCCUGGACUGGUCAGUCGGACAACCGGACAAUAUCGAGGGCAAUGAGCGGUGUGUGGAACUUUGGCCAUCAACUAGCUCCUUUCAGAUGAAUGAUCUUUCCUGCCAAAGACUGGUGGGUUUUAUUUGUCAGGUAAACUAGGAAAAUUAUGCCCGAUAAGAAUUUAUAGUGCAACAGGUAACCUUAUCAGAAAAAAAUUGUAGUAAAUAUUGGAAGAAUGUUAAGCGUAACAAGAGGCUAUGGAAUUCUUAGGUAAUGCUUGUA